GAAGAAACAGUGAGUUGUGGGCGUUUAGAAUUAGAACCCGACAGGGCGGAGAUAGCAGAGCCAUGGAAGCGCACACGAAGAAGGAGCUGAUGGUGGCGCUGGGGUUUGUUAUCUUCACAGUCUUGAUUUCCGGCGUCGGAGCCUGGACCGGUGAAAUCCACGGCAGAGUUGUUUGCGAUGUCUGUGGCGACUCAGCCGUCGGACCCGAAGAUCAUGUUCUAGAAGGUGCUGAGGUAGCUGCACUAUGCAUUACGAAAUCAGGUGAAGUUCUAAAUUACCAGGCGUUCACGAAUGAUAAGGGGGUAUAUACAGUGGCGGAGACGAUGCCCGAGAGUGACAGGUGGGAUGCAUGCCUGGCACGACCUAUCAGCAGCUUCCAUGAGCACUGCACCCAUCUUGGGGGUGGUAGCUCAGGCGUAAAGUUCACUUAUAAUCACCCAUCUGGCUAUUCUCACACCGUUAGAACUUUCGUCUAUCGACCAGCAAGCGUACCAGCAUACUGCAUUUGAGAACUCUAGAUCGACGUACAUCUUUAUUCCGCGGUUGCAGUACGAGCUUUGCUUCAACUGAAAGGAAGAGGAAAAGAGAUUAUGUAGUCGUCGUAGAAUGUGUUUAUUACAGGGCAUGUAGUUUCUGCUAAACAUCGUUCUUGUUAGUAUAAAAUCCCAGUCCUUGAUUGGAAUA